GAAAGAGGGCCACGGAGUGUGGGAUAAUGAGGGGGCAACGACUGCUCUUAUCUAUUCACUUUCAUGCGAGAGAUGCGCUCUCAGUCUCGAAUUACCAUUAUUACGCUCGGGGGGCUCAGUGCAUAGGUUCCCUUCGGCAAAAAGAAAAAACAUCAUCAUCAUUAACUCGGAUUUUAUAACGCCAUCAACAUCUACGAAGAUCUAAUCAACCCCCGUGUCUUCGUUAACAAACUUUACAAAUAGCGCGAUGCGUUUUACCAUUGCUUUCUUCUUUAUAUUAGGUCUACAGGUCUGUUUCAGCUGUGAACAGCACGAGAGGGGAACAGGAUGCAGGAUCCAUAACCGCCGUUGUUCCUGCGACGAUUUCGGCUGCAAGAAGGACUACCCUUACGAGACAUACGAAGCUUGCCACAGCGCGUUGAAAGGCAAAAGAAGUAACGGAUGUUAUCCGAACCCGUGCAUGCACGAAGGCUCCUGCAUCCAGAUCUCGCAGGCUCCGGGCUUCAAAUGCCGUUGCGAAGGAACCGGCUUCUUCGGUGCUCGCUGCAGCCGAGCUUGUCCGAAGGGCGGUGCCGGUAGAUACGAUAUAUUCCCGUACGAGUGUAUCGUGAUAUAAGACCGGACGCAGCAAUCAUGGGAAGAAACCACUAUAAAAGAUAAACACUCAACAAAAGCUCGCUCGCUCUCGUCUCUUUGUAUAUUAAACAUUUAAAAAUCUGAAAUUGUAAGAACAUUGCCGAACCCUGAUCGAUACUGAAAUUAAUUGACAUUAAUAAAAACUUUUUAUUAAAAUAAACGUGUUUUGUUCGUUUUUUUUUUUGUUUGUUUGUUUGUUUAAAGAAGCACCAAAAAUAAAAAUUAUAUUACAUAUAAACUGAAUUACUACGACUAAAUUAGUCCGAAUGUUAAUACAAAAUAUAAUAUCUCCUACGAAUGCAUACAACUUAUAUACAGGGCGUCCAAUAAAUAAUAAUUUAAAAAAAAAACAACAAUCGGACGACGUGUAUAUAAAUCGUUGGAUCGAUAGUGGCAGCAGAG